AUGGCGGCCACCAAGAUGACCAAGAACCAAAUGCGCCGGGCCAAGAAGAAGGAACAGAAGAAGGCCCAGGCUGAGGAUGGCACCAAGGCUCCCGAAACCGAAACCACGAACGGCGAGGCGACAACAGACGUCAAGGACAAGACUGCCAACGAAGACACAUCCGCGAAGAACGAGACCACAACAGCAGAUUCCGAGGUCAAGAAGGAAGAUUCACCCCAGAAGGUUGAGGUCGAUGGUUCUGUCGAUGAUAAAGUCGAUGUCGAACUUUCCGCUUUCGACGAGGACCCCGCUUUCGCCGCCUACAAGAACAUCUUCGAUAAGUUUGGUAUGAGCCUGGACGAGGACGAUGUGGCAAGGGAAGCAAAUGCGGGCAACAAAGGUGAAGUCUUUUUCGACCAAGACGAUGAAAUUCCCAGCGAGGAGGAGGAUGCAGGAAAACUGUCCAAGAAGAAGCGCAAGAAGCUGAACAAGCUUUCCAUUGCGGAGCUGAAGGCGUUGGUCAAGAACCCAGAGGUUGUCGAAUGGCAAGAUGUUUCAUCACCAGAUCCCCGCUUGCUUGUUCAGAUCAAAGCCCAGAGGAACAUCGUUCCCGUGCCCAGCCAUUGGUCACUCAAGCGAGAGUAUCUUUCCAGCAAACGUGGUGUCGAAAAGCCGCCCUUCAAGCUACCAAAGUUCAUCGCCGAGACCGGCAUUACAGAGAUGCGCGAUGCCGUCCUCGAGAAGCAAGCGGAGCAGACUCUCAAGCAGAAGCAGCGCGAGCGUGUGCAACCGAAGAUGGGCAAGCUCGACAUCGACUACCAAAAGCUCUACGAUGCCUUCUUCCGCCACCAAACAAAACCAGACCUCACCCGUUUUGGCGACGUCUAUUAUGAAGGCAAGGAGUGGGAGGCGGAUUACAAGGUAUUUCGAGCCGGCGAGGUUAGCGAUGCGUUAAGGGAAGCACUAGGCAUGCAGCCCGGCUUCCCUCCCCCAUGGCUUCUCCAGCAACAGCGUGUCGGUCCUCCCCCAUCCUACCCCACCCUCAAGAUUCCCGGCCUCAACGCCCCGCUACCGCCGGGCGCCUCAUGGGGCUUCCAACCCGGACAGUGGGGCAAGCCGCCUCUGGACGAGCGCUGCCGCCCCCUUCCAACACCCCAGUUCCAAGCACCCGCGGCCACUGCUGUCGGUGGCGAGCCCGUCGAGCGCACACUUUGGGGCGAGCUCCAGCCUCCCGCCGAGGAAUCAGAAGAAGAAGAGUCCGACGAGGAGGACGAAGACGAGGAAGAGGAAGAGGACGGCGACAUUCCGCCCGGCGGCACUGAGACCUCCAUCAGCCAGUUCGACGCCGGACAUCCCUCCGGCUACGCCAGCAGCAUGCACCCUGGUGGCGAGCCCGUCGAGAGCAGCAUGGCGGGCGAGUUCGACCUGCGCAAGACACGGCGUGGCUACGAGACGGAGGAGUCCGCUGCGCCGAGGUCUGCGUACCAGGUUAUUCCCGAAAGGCAGAGACGCGCCGAAGGUUUCUUCGGUUCCGACAAGACGUACGAAUUGGCGUCUGGCAGGCCGGGUGGUGGACCUGGACCUGCUGUGCCCGUACUUGGGAGAGAUGAUGACGAUAGUCGCAAGAGGAAGAAGCCCGGUGAUGUCGAGGUAGCACUCGAUCCAGAUCUCCUGGCGGCACAGGCCGGGCUGAGUAAGGAGGAGUUGAGAAAGAGGUAUGAGGCUGGCAGGAAAGAGGAGGGACCGGGUGCUCAGUGGGCGAGCAAUUAUGAUGAGGAUUUGAGCGACAUGAUUGCGCAGGAGAGUAGGAAGAGACAGAAGAGAGAGGAGGAGAGGAGAGAGGAGAGAAAGGGCGGCAGGAGGUAA